GCACUGACAGGGAAUAGAGGGAGACGGAGGAGGCAGCAGCAGAUGGACUGCUGCACAACCUGCAACACACUCACAAAGGACAGCCUGUAUGUAUGACAGCAUGUGUGUAUGCAUGCAUGCAUGCAUACUGUAGCAGAGCAGGAACUGUGUAGGAUAAUGGUGGGGAAGGAGUGAGCGCCUUUCAUGUCCUGGAUGCAGAGAAAUAAUCCUCUGGAGGAGGGGAAAAAAGGGAUAAAGAGAAGUGAGCAGGAGGCAGAGGAGUGAACACUUUUGCUCCUCACACUUAAGUUGCUUUCAGGGCAGGUGCAAUCCCAGCACAAACCACUGUAGCAAACCAAACAUCAAUGUGUUUGACAGGAGAACCUCGAUAAAUGCUACGGACUGUGGCAGGACUUCUUGUUUAUUUGGUUGCACCACUUCUCUUUUUUUUUUUUUUCACUUAAGAAAAAUACAGCGGUUUUAUACGAGCCAAAAUAGCCUGGCUAGCUUUGGGAGCACACACUGAGGGGUCCUCUAUGGUGAAGAUGAGUCUGGAUCCUGUGCAGGUGAUGAGUGGACAGGUCAAGGAGCUCAAAGUUGCCCCAUCGUCCAACGGGGACAGCAGAGGAUCAUGGGAGGAGAAAGAAGAGUUUGACCAAGACCAUCUGGGCCUGACUUCCAAGCCAAUACCAGUGACAGGGAGACGAGCCCGGAAGGUGGAGGGAGGCAUAUUCUUCCCGAAGCCGGAGAACGCAGUGACUAUUGCUGUCUCUUCUCGGGUCUUGUUUCGGACUGAGCGGGAGCAGAAGGUGUUUGAGCAGAAAGGUGUGGAGGAAUAUCUGAGAUACCAAAUCGAGCACGAGAACGAACCCUUCGCCCCCGGACCUGCGUUCCCUUUUGUCAAGGCUCUGGAGGCCGUCAACUCUCGCCUGCGGGAGCUGUACCCACAAAGUGAGGAGCUGUUCGACAUCGUGUUGGUCACAUACAACCAUGCACACGUAGGAAUCCGGCUCAUCAACACCAUCAACCAUCACAACUUGUUCAUUGAGAGGUUUUGUAUGACGGGAGGAAGCAGUCCUAUUGGCUACCUGAAGGCAUGGCACACCAACCUCUACCUGUCUGCUGACGCCGACAAGGUCAGGGAGGCGUUGGCUGAAGGCAUUGCAGCAGCCACCAUGUUCAUGCCAGAAAAGCUGACGGAGGUAUCACAGUCCCAGCUACGGGUAGCGUUUGACGGUGACGCCGUCCUCUUCUCUGAUGAGUCUGAACGCAUCUUCAAGGCCCACGGGCUGGACAAGUUCUUCGAACACGAGAAGGAAAAUGAAGACACGCUGCUGGAUCAUGGUCCCCUGAAGGGUUUCCUGGAGGCACUGGGGAAGCUCCAGAAAAAGUUCUACGCUAAAGGCCACCGCCUGGACUGUCCCAUCCGCACCUUCUUGGUCACAGCUCGCAGCGCAGCGAGCUCCGGAAUCCGGGCGUUGAAGACGCUCAGAGCCUGGGGCCUGGAGAUCGAUGAGGCCUUGUUCCUCGCAGGUGCACCCAAAGGCCCCAUGCUGGAGAAGAUUAGACCCCACAUCUACUUUGAUGAUCAGAUGUUUCAUGUGGAGGGGGCGGCAGAGAUGGGUACCAUCGCUGCCCAUGUUCCCUACGGCAUAGCACAAAAACAUAACGCCAAGCAGAACACCGGUGUGAGGAAGUAGGCAGCAGGACUUCGGCUGUCAAAGGCACAGAAGAAAGAAGGGAUGAAGAAACAUCUUUAAAAAGAGCAGAAAGAAGAAGCAUUUAAAAUGAACUUUUAAUGUUGAGUGUUUGGGAAUGAAUCAUUUCCAUAAUGCAGCAAUUUAAUUGCAAGUUUGUUUGAUCAUGAUGUCAUCUGUCUCAGCUUAAUGCUAUUAGGAGCUAGAUAGAAGCCUGGAUAAAGGUCAAGUAGCGGUCUGGAACCUGAGAUGACCUGAAUGCCCACAUGUCCUUCGGCUACACAUUUCAAAACCUCCGCCUACUGAAUACUAUUGUGUUUUGUCAAAUCUCGCUUUAUAUGGCACUUUUGAAGGUGCUUAUUUGCCACAGUGAACUGAGUAUUUCCUCUCAGCACUACCUGUCUUCAUAAACAAGACACAUGUUCAGUGCUGCAAUGCUGGAGGACACUAAAUGAAAGGCUUCACAGACUCCUGUCUAAGUAAAGCACUACACUGUAUGUUGUCAAUAAAGCACAAUGCAGAGAUAUUAUAUGGUUAAAUAUUAUAGUGAUGUACUGUAGUAUGAGAGUUAAAGUUUCUGUCAGUCAUUUGACAGAAUGACUUCACAAACUUGUAAAAAUGUCUAGCUGGAACUCUACAGAAAGUUGUUGUAUAUUACUGAUGAUAGCACCGCUAUUCAUUCUUGUGUACAAAAGAAAUAUAGAAAGCCAUGAGUUUCAGUUGGUGCCUUAAGAGUAGAAUUAUACUUCUCUGGGCUGCAUGUAGGCAAGAGUGCACAGUUCCUUUUAUACUUCUAUGUACUAUGUUUCUGUUUGUUUUCACCCACAUUUCAACACUGUGUCCUGACAGGAUCUGAGUCAACCACUUGAGCUGUUGUUGAGCCUCUAUGACAUGCCCAUAACACACUCCUCUACUGAGAUCCUCCUUUGUACCGUUGUACCAAAAGCAUAAUUCCAUGACUUUAGAUGAAGACGUUUGGUCACAUUACACUGAUGAAACAUUUUAACUGCUGUAGGAUGGAGUGCCAUGAAAUUCAAUACAGACAUUAAGGCCAGAUUCUCUUUAGUGUCACCUCUAUGCAACAGCAUUAGUAUGCAAGAGCAAGACUUCUCCUGUUAGCACCGAAGGCUCAUGAGAAAUCAACCAGGUUGCAAGCAUAUGAUAUAUGCACCUUUGCCAUUCAGCUACCAAACAAUAUUAGAUGUAUUUCAUUGUGAAGAAGAUGCCAUAUUAUUUUUACUUUUUGUCCUAAACCUGUAGCUGUAAGUUUCAGUGGGUGCCUUUAGUUUUAAUGAAUGCACUAUUUAUAGCCAAGUGUCUCUGACUUUAAAUGUAACAUCAUGAACAAGUCAAAACUAUACAUGAGUUUAUCUCUUACACAAAACCUUUCAAACCAGCUAAAAUGAAUUCCCAUCUAUUGCAGCUCACCAUUAGGGAUGCGAAGACUAAAGGUCAGUACAUGCUGUUUGUUCAUCCAACCAAAUCUGCAAAGGUCUAUGUUAUACAACUAGAUUUAUUCUUUAUAAUUCAUUUAAAAAGAUGGAGCUGAGGUAGUUUCUGCUGGACUUCGAAAUUCUCUAGAAGUCUCGUGCUACGUUCAUACACUUUGCUCGGCACAUCUCUGGAAUAAUUGCAUUGACACGCUGCUGCAGUCCAAUCUGUAACCAGCUGCUAUAUCCUACAAAAAGCCUUUCAGAAACAUCCAGGGGUGUCCCAUGUGUUUUUCUGUGUUCAGUGUAAGUGGCCAUAUGGCUGCUGGUGUAGUAUGAACACAACUGCAUGCACAUCCACAGUCUACUUUCAAAGUCUACAUCAGUCAUGCAGACAUCAUGAACUGGCCUCAACAAAUACAGAUGAGAGCAAAUAAAGUUGAGUGAAUUCUGAUCAUUUGGUUCAACCGCUGCUACAAAAAUAACAGUCUGAUUUCUGUAUUUAAUCGAUUCCGUAAUUUUGCCUUCUGGUGAGCAUUACAUUUGCACAGGGAUUAUGUAUGCUUAGCCUUUAGCCCCUGUUUAAAAGUCAGUCUGGUAGCUGAAGGAAUUAAAACCCCUGUGCAAAUACACCAAGUGAAGUAUCACGUUACAGAUGUGCAUAAGGCAGCUAUCAUGGCUUAAUGCCAUGUCCUGUACAUCGACGCUAAAUCAAGAUCACACUCUGCUAAGGUGGCAUCGAUUAAUGUUGUGUAACCAAUAUAACUGUCAGCCUCCGAUCGAUACCUUGUUUCAAUUAUGACUUAUGUUUGAUUCAAAUACAGAAAAAAUGACUUUACAUUGGCAAAAUGGCCACAGUGGCCUUUAGAAAAUGUCAGUCCUCUUCACAUCCCUCCAUACUGCUUCCACUCUGUGUAUACUUAGCGAUGCUUCAUUACACCUCAUCAGCUUUCUGAGAAACGCGAAGCUCAGGAAAGUGACAAGCAAUCCAUGGGUUUAACCUGACACCCGAGACGAUUAAUUAAACACAUGUAUCUCUUGGCACUCGCAAACGAUGGCAAGUUAUCAGCUGGUACAGAUUCAGCAGGGAGAGAUAAUCAGGACUUGAGUUUGGUGACGUUCAGCACACGAAGCAGCGGUUUUCUAACAGCUUUAUUGUUGGCUUUGCAGUAAGAACAUGUAAAUGAACAAUAAAUAAUAAUUACAAUUGUA